CGCGUCGCAUACUCCAACAUGCUUCAACAUGUUCCUACCAGCAUUUACUCAUUUUAACGAGCGCGUUUGAUACUUUCCGCGCGUAGCUCAACAAUUUGAAAAUGACAAUGUGAGGAAAAUAUUCGUUCAGUAGAUGUAUCAUGUUGUACUUCGCAUGAAAAAAAUAACUGAUAAAGAAGGAAAAAGCGAGAAAACGGAUCUGAAAGAAACAGAUCCAAGUAUUAUUAUAUAAAAAUUGAGAUAUUCUAUAGUCGAUGACUCCAGAAAGAAGCCAUUAGUUGUUACAUUUGACAAAUAUCCAGAAUUAAGAUGUUUUACCCAAUUAAUCUACUUUCCCGUCGACAAAGGGGCAAAUUUGCUGCUUCUUGGCUUGCUUCAACGAAUAGUGAGGCAUCAUUUAAGAAACUCUACACUUCUGAUGCUAUAAAGAAGAUGAAUGUUGAACAAACGUGCAAUGAUAUUCUGGAAGUAAUACAGUCUUCUAAUGGCAAAUCAGAUAAUAGAUUCAGUUUGUAUCUGUCAUCACAAUUAAUGUCCGGUAUAACAAAAAUUCAUUCUUAUCAGGUUGAAUACUAUGAGAAGGACAUUUUUAAAUUUGAACAAAAUCUUGAACCUUCUGUAUCAAAGAAGAAAGGGGAUAAGUUUGAUGAUUUUAGGAAUAUUGAAUGUCCUGACAUAGAAUUGCCUAAAGAUUUUUUUAGCGCUCAACUCUUGAAAGAAGACUUACAUAUUCUUCCUGAAGAUCAGCCCCAUGAUACGUUACAAAUAGUUAUGCGAGAUGCGGAACUCCUGAAUUUUGGUUGCUUAAAUGAUGAAGAGUUGGAAUUGUUUCUGUGUAACAAUAUGUCAUUUGAAGAAAGAAACAUUUUGGAGGGGUUGGCUGGUAUAACAAUUGCAGAAGAGGUUCAUCGACAUUCAUCACAAGAAAACCUUAGUCCAGUGCUUGUGAAUAUAUCAAAAAGAAGAACUAAGUCCAAAGGAAAUUUAUCUCUCACUCCACAAAAACGGCAACCGCAAAUUCAACCCGAAACACCUACAAAGAAAAGACGCUUAUCUUUUGAAACUGCAGCCAUGCCUCCUGCAGAAGAUGUGGCAGUAUCCCUUGCAGAAGAUUUGGCAAUACCGGCUCCUGAAUUGCCUGCAGAAAAAACGGGAAUGUUAGUUCCUUCACAACAAAUAGACAUAGAAUUAGAAUCAUUAAAUUCAAGCUACUUUGUGAUUAACAAGCAUUCGAAAAAACGUAAAAUUAUUGAUAAAGAGAUUGUCUUAACUGAUAAACAACUUUGGAAAUGGCGUGAGAAUGUAAAUAUUCAUAGCAAGAAAAUAGAUAAGCCGAAAAAACGUUUGACAUCAGUGAUAAAUCUUCUCAAGGAACCUUCAUACUUAUCUAAGCAAUGGAACGCUAGUUUACGCAAUCUUUUUGUUGAUCACAUCACCGGACCAUUUACAAGUGUAGAUGAAGAUGUUGCACCUGCUGAAUUUGUGCAAUUUCAAGAAGCAAUCCGUAUAGAAGAGACAAUUAACAAGCAAAAUCUUCCUAUGGAAGAUUUGAGUACAUUUGUGAAUGAACCCAUAGAUAGUAUUGUAAACGUUUUGCCAAUGCCAAUAGCUCACGCAGAUGUGUCAGUGCCACCGUUACAGGAAGUAAUACCGCAUACGAUUACUUUAGAAGAAGGCAUUAGCACUGUUGAGCACAGGCGAGAUCAAGAAAAACUACCAAGUAUAAGUAACAUUGACGAAAGCUUGGAAGAUAUAAAUGCUUUACUAGAAAGACAAUCAUUAGAAAGACAUCUUUCGAAAUCCAUUUUAGGAUCUCCUGCCACUAGCUCAAAUGGGAUUUUACAACCCGAAUUAACAAGUAAAGAUAUUUUGGCUCAAUUAGAAGUUUUUUGGUUCAACGAACCGUGCGUCAAGUUCAGUCAGCUUAUUCCAAAGGAUACAUUUACGGCAGAGGAUGCUGCUGACGCUUUUAAUAUACUUCUCGAAUUGCAUGCACAAAAGAAGCUUAUUCUGCAGCAGGCUGAGUGUUUUCGUACUCUACGUAUUUGGAAAAUGGGAAAAUUAAAUUAA